AUGGACACUUCGAUCUCUUCAGUGUUCCCUGAGGGAAGUUGGGAUUCUCACAUCCAUAUAAUUGAUACGGAUCGGUUUGAAUCCUUGAACGGCUUAGCAGGCCCCCCAAUCGCCGGCUCUGUCUGGGAGAACGCCAUAUUUGAGAACUCGAUCAAAGUCCAGAAAGUUACUAUUGUCCAACCGACAAGAUAUGGGAAUGAUAACAUGGCGGCUCUCCAGGCUCUGGCUGCAUAUGGACCCCGGAGAGCACGGGCGGUAGUACAAUUUGACCCCGAGACAGUCACCGACACCGAGCUGAAGCUGUGGCAUGACCUUGGUGUCAGGGGCGUGCGAAUCAACCUUGCCAACCCAAAAAACCCUUUGGCUGGGACAAAGCCUGAAGACAUGCCCAAGUUGGUCCAAAAGUAUGCAGAAUUAGUAAAGCCUUUUGGUUGGGUACUGCAAUUUUACAUCAGGAUGGAGGACAUUGUCAAACUGGAGAACACGCUACUCGCAAUACCUUUGAGGGUAGUCAUCGACCACAUUGGGAACCCUAAGCUGCCGGAGCCUGUAGAUGGCAGUUCCGAAGCAAUCGACCCUUAUUUUAUCAAGGGAUUCAGCAGUCUGAUCAACCUGCUCAAGAGCGGACACGUGUGGGUGAAGAUAUCGGCAGCAUAUCGGUUCUCAAAGCUACAGGACCCGGAAUUCAAAGACGUGGAUCCUUUGAUCAAGGAGAUUCUCAGAGUCGAUAGCACCAAGGCGGUAUUUGGAACUGACUGGCCCCACACGCAACACGAAGGCCUUGAUAUUAGGCCCUGGGUUAGACACUUGGCGGAGUUAACCAGCGCGGACAAGACAGUUCAGCGGAGGGUUUUCCGAGACAAUGCUUCUGACUUAUGGGAUAAUCUGUAA